AUGUCUGCGCCCUCAGUUGAUAUCGAUCCCUCAGCAAGAUUGAUUACACCUAAUGGACUACCACUUGCUAUCAUUGUGAUCUCAGUCAUCUUUCUCAGUCUGUCCCUAGUCACUGUGUCCUUGAGGACCUACAUCCGCCUCAAGAAAGGCACUUAUGGUCUCGAUGAUGCAUUCAUGACGAUCGGAAGGAUCGUUUAUAUACCAGUUGUAGGGUUGGCAGUAUACGGAUGCCUUGUUGGCCUCGGCAGGCUGAACGAAGAUCUCAACGCAUGGCAGCAGGCUGAAGCUGUCCAGUACUACGCCAUCUGGAUCUUGCUGUACGUUGUCGCGCUGGCGACAAUCAAGUCGUCUGUGUGCAUCACUAUCCGACGGAUUGGUUCGAUUAAAAAAUCAUACAAAUUGACAGUCUGGGUUCUACUGGCAGUGACAUGGGCCUCGUUUCUUGUCACCUUCCUUGGCACCUUACUCUACUGCCAGCCAGUUCGUUCUUUGUGGACACCCGCAUUGAUUACUAGUGGUCAGGGCAGCUGUGCGCCCGUCGAUGUUUUUAUCAUCAUAGCGCACACCGCUACGGUCUCCACCAUCCUGACUGACAUGGCUCUUGUCAUCGUUCCUGCUGUUAUUCUGUGGAACACGCAAAUGAAAAGACAUGCAAAGAUCCAGGCAUUUGGGCUUCUGUCGUUCGCUUCUAUGUAA